AUGGCAGGUCAAAGUGCAUGGAAUGUAGUGCGUCUGCUUCGCAAGCUGGCAGAUCAAGGCCAGGCAAUUCUUUGCACCAUCCAUCAACCCAGUGCUCUGCUCUUCGAAUCAUUCGACCGACUACUUCUGCUCGAGCGGGGCGGAGAGACCGUGUAUUUUGGCGACAUCGGCAAAGACUCGCACGUCAUCCGCAACUACUUUGCUGCCAACGGCGCAUUCUGCCCGGCGAACGUCAACCCGGCCGAAUACAUGCUUGAGGCCAUUGGUGCUGGUACAACUCCGCGAGUUGGCGACCGCGACUGGAAAGACAUCUGGCUCGACUCACCGGAAUGCGAAAGCCUGCGAUCCAAAAUCGCACAGAUCAACAAUGAGGCGUUGACCAGGCCUGUGGCAGAGAAGACCAAGCUGAGCACCUAUGCGACCCCCUUCAUGUACCAACUGCGUACCGUCACUGCUCGCAAUUACCUUGCGCUCUGGCGAUCGCCAGACUACCUCUUCUCGCGGUUGUUUGUCUGCAGCUUCAUUUCGUUCUUCGUGUCGCUGUCGUUCUUGCAACUGGGCAUCAGUCUCCGGGAUCUCCAGUUCCGCGUGUUCUCGCUGUUCUGGGUCACUAUUCUUCCCGCUAUCAUCAUGGCUCAAAUUGAACCUAUGUUCAUCUCCAAUCGCCGGACUUUCAUCCGAGAGGCGUCAAGUCGCAUCUACUCCCCUUACGUGUUUGCUAUUGCUCAAACAUUGAGUGAGAUCCCUGGCUCCAUUGUUUGCGCUAUCGUAUACUGGGUCCUCAUGGUCUACCCAAUGCACUUUGGGCAAGGCGCUGCCGGGCUCAACGGCACCGGCUUCCAGCUGCUGAUGACGCUGACGAUGAUGAUUUUCGGUGUUACCCUGGGCCAGCUAAUCGGCGCCAUCAGCCCUAGCGUCCAAGUCGCGGCGCUGUACAAUCCUUUCCUGACUCUGGUCCUCGGAACAUUCUGUGGUGUUACGCUCCCGCAUGUGAACAACGGGUUCUGGUGGACAUGGCUGUACCAGCUUGUGCCGUACACGCGGACCAUCGCCGCGAUGGUGUCCACGGAGCUUUUCGGCCUGAAAGUGCGGUGCAAGAGCGACGAGUUUGCGACGUUCAAUCCCCCGACCAACAUGACCUGCGGCCAGUGGGGCCAGGCCUUUGUCAACAUCACGGGCGGGUACAUCGACAACCUGGACGCGACGUCCAACUGCAAGUACUGCUCGUACGCGGUCGGGGACGAGUUCUACACCCCGCUGGGCAUCAGCUUCUCUGAGCGCUGGCGCGACUUUGGGAUCUUCCUUGCUUAUAUUGCUUUCAACAUGGCUGCGACAGUCAUUGCAUCGAGAUAUCUCCGCUACGCCAAACGCUGA